UUUUCCGCGUCAGCUUCUUGGUCGAAUUGUGGCUUGCGCUGAUUAACUCUCUUUGCCUGUCAAUCAAAUUCGCAACAAAUCACCAGCCGCCACGCUCGGGACAAAAAGAUCCUUCCGCACGUGGAAAAUUCAGGAAACCUAUUUGUAGUAUUUAAAAUAUUUUUGUUUUUUGUUUUGGGUAAAGUAUUUAAUAGGAUUUCUAAACAAUAUCUUAAUGCCGUUACGAGAAAAAUAAUGUUAAUAUUUUUAGCGAUAUGAAAACAUGUCGUGUAGCUCACUUCCUGUCUUGACCGGAAGUGAAAGCAGUUUGUCAGCUAUCAUGGCUGAAAAGAAGAAUGUUUUGGGGCUGUCACUGUUCUUCUUAUUAAUUUCUGUGGCUCUCUUGCAUCUAUUAAUUUGUCCGUUUAGUAAGGUUGAGGAGAGCUUUAAUUUACAAGCAGCGCAUGACAUUUUGUAUCACAGGCUUGACUUUGACAAGUAUGACCAUCAUGAGUUCCCUGGUGUGGUGCCACGGACUUUUCUUGGCCCCCUUUUUCUUUCCAUGCUCUCCUCCCCUGUUGUGUUUCUGUUGUCUCUCCUGGAUGCACCAAAAUUCUACUCACAGCUGAUAGUCCGAGCUUCCCUUGGAGCUUGUGUUAUCGGUGCACUAUGGCACAUGCAGAGAGAGGUCAGGAGGCAGUUUGGCUCUACGGUUGCAGGGCUCUUCUGUCUGACAUGUGCUUCACAGUUUCACCUAAUGUUUUACAGCACAAGGACACUCCCUAAUGUAUUUGCCCUACCAAUAGUUCUUUUAGCAUUCACAUCUUGGAUGGCUCAGAAAUAUGGCCGCUUCAUCAGCCUUUCUGCUCUAGUCAUCAUUGUGUUCCGGUCAGAGCUCUGUAUCUUCAUGGGUCUCAUGUUGCUGAUAUCACUCCUGAGCAGGAAGCUGGGACUGCUGCAGCUAUUCUACUAUGCUGUUCCUGCUGGGAUCUUGUCACUGGCUCUGACAGUGGCUGUUGACACUUUCUUUUGGAGGAAGUUUUUGUGGCCUGAAGGUCUGGUUUUGUGGUACAACACCAUUCUCAACAAAAGUUCCAACUGGGGAACCUCCCCUUUUCUCUGGUACUUUUUCUCUGCCGUGCCCCGUGCCCUGGGCUGCACGCUGCUCUUUGUCCCGCUUGGCCUUCUUGACAGGCGGAUGAGGCUGCUGCUGCUACCAACAAUAGGCUUCGUCUUCAUCUACUCGCUGCUGCCCCACAAGGAGCUGCGCUUCAUCAUAUACACUUUCCCCAUGCUCAGUUUGGUGGCUUCCCGAGGCUGUUCUUUCAUUUUGUGCAACUACCAGAAAUCCUGGAUGUAUAAACUGGGCUCUAUGAUUGUGGUUGGCCAGUUGUUGACCAACGCAACGUACUCUAGUAUUUGUCUCUACGUUUCCCACCACAACUAUCCGGGAGGUCAUGGGAUGCAAGAACUACACAGGCAGUUGCCAGCCACCGCAGAUGUCUUUGUUCAUAUUGACACCUAUGCUGCUGAAACUGGAGUGUCACGCUUCUUAGAGCAAAACAGAAACUGGAGAUAUGACAAACGGGAGGACUUGAGUCCCACGAAUCCUGAAAUCAAAAUGUACUCACACCUGCUAAUGGAGGCAAAUGUUACGAAGAUACAGCUAUUCCAGGACACUCAUCAGCCUCUGACCUUCAUAGAAGGUUACAGCAACAUUGCCUUCAACUUGUUUCACCUCCCCCUUGUAAGUGUGCGAUUGGAGAGAAAAACUGUACUGAUGGAGAGAAAGACUGAAGCCUUGCCACAGAGAGUGUGACUUUUUUGGGAAUGAUGUAUUGGAUUGAAGAGUUAAGUUUUCUUGGUGACCAAAAAUAUGGCCAAAUGUGACACUGUUAUCUAACACCAGUGUUGUCAUGGGUUAAUAGUAGUAUAGAUUGGAAUGUUAGGGGUAUUUUUCCAGGUGUGAAAGAAGCAUCUAUCAUCAUUUGUCACAUUCCACUACAGAUAAACUGUGCCACCCCAGCAUGUAAACAUGGUGUAUUGAGACAGUAAUACUAUCAUCCAUCUUUGCUCAUGUUUAAAAUGUUAAACCAGUUCAAAUGGUUCUCUAAUGUUAAAACAGGUAUUGGAGGGCUAAUGCUCUCAUGAGUAGCAAGGAAAAAAAAAAGUUUUUCUCAUAACACAAGUUUAUCUUCUGAAAACAGCUUUGUUAUAUUUACCUCUGAAUGUGAUAAGUAUAUUUUGUAGCUACAUUUUAUAAAUGAAUAAAGCUGAAAGUGAAUACAGGACAAAACAAUGGAAACAGUUGAAGCCUCUAAAUUCCUGGACUUAUAUGCUUUAAUCGUGCAUAUCACUUAUAACUCAAAUCUCCAUGUUUUGUACAAUAAAAUAUUUGAUAAGAACCAAGAAAACCUCCCGAAUAUUG